AGAAUAUUAAAACCGAAUAUUAUAUUAGGAUUAAAUUAUAAUACUUAUCGCAAAUCUUCCGGCUACAAUUUCCGACUUUCCUUUCUUUUCUUGAUCAACUGUAUAUAAUAAAUAAUCUAAAUUACUACUUCUCUAGAAACUCCAACUAUUCACGGAACGUGGUACACUUCGAGAAGGAGGAGGAGGAAGAAUUAAGAAAUGGUGGGUGGAAAACGGUGGUGCUUCGGUAAUCAGAGCUCCGGUGACGAUGUGGCUGAUUUUGACCCGAUACUUCUGGUGAGUGGCAUAGGCGGGACUAUUCUUAAUUCGAAGCUAAAGAGCUGCUUCGGGCUCACGACCCGUAUUUGGGUCCGUAUCCUUCUUGCUGAUAUGGAGUUCCGAAAGAGAGCCUGGUCCCUCUAUAAUCCCGACACUGGCUACACGGAAGCAUUGGAUGAUCGUUCUGAUAUUGUGGUUCCGCAAGAUGAUUAUGGGCUUUAUGCUAUCGAUAUUUUGGAUCCCUCAUUGUUGAUAAAAUGUUUACAAGUGACGGACGUAUACUACUUUCAUGACAUGAUUGAUAUGCUUAUUAAGUGUGGAUACAAGAAAGGAACCACAUUGUUUGGAUAUGGAUAUGACUUCCGCCAAAGUAAUAGAACUGACCAGGCAAUGGAUGGUCUUAAGGAAAAGCUAGAGACUGCAUAUAAAGCUUCAGGGGGUAGAAAAGUCAACCUUAUAUCACACUCCAUGGGUGGGUUGCUAGUAUCAUGUUUCAUAUCACUCCAUUCUGAUGUAUUUUCCAAGUAUGUGAAUAAGUGGAUAAGUAUUGCAACCCCUUUCCAAGGUGCACCCGGAUACAUCAAUGAUUCUCUCUUAACCGGGUUACAGUUUGUUGAGGGACUUGAAAGCUACUUCUUUGUGUCUAGGUGGUCAAUGCAUCAACUAUUGGUGGAAUGCCCAUCAAUAUAUGAAAUGCUUCCUAAUCCUGAGUUUCAAUGGAAAAAACAACCUGAAAUUGUGGUUUGGAGAAACCGUUCAGAAAAUGGACAAGAUUCAGCCAGACUGGAAACUUAUGACCCAUUUGGUUGUGUGGGGCUGUUUGAAGAAGCAUUGAAGGACAAUGAGAUAGAGUACAACAAGAAGACAAUACCUUUGCCAUUCAAUUUGUCCAUCUACAAAUGGGCAGCCACUACACGCAAGAUGCUAAACAGUGUGCAGCUCCCCGAAGGGAUUGAUUUUUAUAACAUUUAUGGAACAUCAUUGGAUACCCCUUUCGAUGUUUGUUAUGGUUCGGAAACUGAUCCAAUUAAUGAUCCAUCUGAGAUAUGCCACUCAUUGCCUGAAUACUCUUAUGUGGAUGGAGAUGCAACAGUUCCCGCUGAGUCAGCAAUGGCAGAUGGAUUUCCAGCAAUAGAAAGGGUGGGAAUUCCUUGUGCUCAUAGGACACUAUUAAGAGAUGAAACUGUAUUUGAAUACAUACGCAAGUGGUUGGGAAUCGAAGAACAGAGCAACACUACACGUGUUGGUGUUAAGACCUCCAAAGUUGUUGAUGUUGAUUUGGCUUGAGGCUUGUGUAGUGGCUUUUGGUUGAUCAUGAUAGUUGUUACGUUGUAUCUUAGCAAUUCAUGAUGCCAAGUUAUAAUUGCCAUUGUUGAUGAAUAAGAGGUCACUUCAAAGUUAUUCUUGUGGUCAUAACAUUGUACUUUGGUGGACUUAUUUCUCCACUUCGUAUAAA